AUGGAACAUUUUGUCUCUCUCUCUGGUAUUGAACCAUCUGGGAUGAUAGCUACAAUGGUAGCUACAUGGCUGGGGUAUCGACUUCUUGUAAUGCUCUACAACGUCUCCCCAUUGCACCCGCUGAGCCCAAUUCCGGGACCCAAGAUGGCGGCAGCGAGCUACUUGCCUGAGUUUUACUACGAUGUAAUUUGUCUAGGGCGAUAUACCACCAAGAUUCGUGAAAUGCAUGAGAAAUAUGGUCCCCUGAUUCGAAUCAACCCCGAUGAGGUCCAUUGCAGUGAUCCUUACUUUGCGGACGAGAUAUAUGCUGUUGGCGGACGCAAGCGCAAUAAAACUCUACAUCAAGUCAAUGCUAUCCCGGUGGGUAACAAGACUGAAUUUGCCACAACAGACCACGACCUUCAUCGCACAAGGCGAGCACCUGUUGCAAAAUUCUUUUCACGUUCUGUUACCAUGAACCUUGAACACGAGAUUGCUGCGCACGCCCAGCGGCUGUGUGAUAAGAUCCUGGCCGAAGGAGGCCAGGGGGCGCCUUUUGACUUGACAAUCGCCUACAGCAAUCUAUCCACCGAUGUUAUUUCAGGUUAUUGCUUCGGCGAGAGCUUCGGCGAGAGCUUCAACCUCCUAGAAAAGCCCGGUUGGUCUGCAAACUUCCGGCAGCCAAAUCUCUCGACGCUCAAAUACUGGUUCCUGUUCCGCUUCUUCCCGUCCUUGAAGAACCUGACGAAGCUCGGUGUAUGGUUCAUAGACUAUCUCCCUCCUGAUAUAGCGCUAUUCGUUCAGACUAUGCAGGUCGACAUACCCAAACUAGUCACAAAGACCAUUAACAACCUGAACGCCGGCAUUGUCUACCCACGCCCAGUUCUCGUCGGCGCAUUGAUUGGCUCUAGCCUCAGUGAAGAGGAAAAGGCUCCCGAACGAAUUUCUGCAGAGACGUUGAGUAUUCUGGGAGCAGGUACUGAGACGACAGCUUGGUGCCUGAGUGUGAUGACAUACCACAUCCUAACAAACCCCGAAAUUUUUGAGAACCUGACCCAUGAGCUAAAAGAAGCAGUCCCCGACUCGCAACGUCUACCACAUUGGGCCACGCUGGAGAAGUUGCCAUACCUUUCCGGCGUGAUCCAGGAAGGCCUGCGACUCUCUUAUGGGGUAGCAGGGAGGACUGCCCGGGUACCGACCGAGGAGGACCUUGUCUACCGAGGCGGGCGGCAGGAUAAAUCCAUCCGAUACGUGAUACCACGGGGAUAUGCUAUUGGAAUGUCCGCUUUUGUCUCUCAUCACGACGAGACGUUGUUUCCGGAGUCGACUAAAUUCCAGCCUGAGCGCUGGUUUGAUCCUCAGAACAGGAAGGAGCUCGACCGCGGGUUUCUCUCGUUUUCGAAGGGCAGCAGGGCCUGCCUAGGUAUGAAGACGUUCGCUAUGAUUGGGAAACUCUGGUACCGAUGCCCAAGCGUGAGAGUCUUGGCGUACGAGCAACAAUUGUAUAGGGUGGGCUGA